GAUAAACUGCUGAGCUGGUUUUAAUUGAAGUGUGAGAAGGAGGUUUUAAGGCAGGUAGACAACAUCCUGUUGUUCGGGCGCUCCUCUCUCUUUUUUGCACAUCUGGCUGAACUGGGAGUCAGGUGGCUGACUCGUGUGCCUGGUUGCAGCAGCGGCAGCGGCAGCAGCCGGGCGGCAACUCCCUGCCAGCGUCCCACGCCUCACCCGCCCAAGAGUCCCCCAGGCCAUGGAUGCGGUGGCUGUGUAUCACGGCAAAAUCAGCCGGGAGACGGGGGAGAAGCUCUUGCUCGCCACGGGUCUGGACGGCAGCUAUUUGCUGAGGGACAGCGAGAGCGUCCCGGGCGUGUACUGCCUGUGUGUGCUGUAUCAAGGUUACAUUUAUACAUACCGAGUUUCCCAGACAGAAACAGGUUCUUGGAGUGCUGAGACAGCACCUGGGGUACGUAAAAGAUUUUUCCGGAAAAUAAAAAAUCUCAUUUCAGCAUUUCAGAAGCCAGAUCAAGGCAUUGUAAUACCUUUGCAGUAUCCAGUUGAGAAGUCCUCAGCUAGAAGUACACAAGGUGCUACAGGGAGAAGAGAAGAUCCUGAUGUCUUCCUGAAAGCACCAUGAAGAAAAAUAAACACCUUGUACUUUAUUUUCAAUAAUUUAAAUAUAUGCUAAGUCUUAAAUAUUGUAGAUAAUACAGUUUAGUGAGCUACAAAUGUAUUUCUAAAACCAUCGUAGCCCUGUAAUGGAAGCAUCUAGCAUGAUGUUAAAGCUGAAAUGGACUUUGCGGAUAAUGAGAAGCUUUGAAAUGAGGAUUGGGGAAAAAUAAUUCCACAGGUUCUUUUCAGUUAUUAUAUUUACAAAUGGGGAACGAUUUAAAACGUAAUGAUACUUUAUAAACGAUUAAUGUCAAUUCUUGCCAAAUAUAAAUAAAAGCAAUCCUCCGUUUUUAUCAAAA